AUGAGACAAAGCAGCACCCGGCAUCCCAUUGAGGUGGAAGGCGUUGGGGUUUUGCAGCAUGGGACUCAGAAGACUUAUAUGUUUUCCGUAUUAUGGUCAGAUCAAAACAAUGUGCUCAUUUAUAGGACAUAUAAUGUGUUCAAAAAUUUUCAGAAAGAGCUAAAGAAAACGUUUCCUUUGGAAGCUGGAGCCAUGAAAAAAUCCGAUCGGAUUAUCCCAAAAUUAAAAGAUACUUCUCGAACUGCAUCAAAAAGGAAAGAUUCGCACAAGUUUUUGGAAAAACUUCAUUGCCUGGAGACUUACUGCCAAACAUUACUCAGGCUGGAUAAUAAGAUCUCUCAGAGUAUGUGUGUGGUCCAGUUUUUUACCCUGCAAAAACAUGACCUUAACCCUUCGUUCCCUGAAAACAGUCUCGUAAUUUUGCCUUCUGAGAAGAAAAAUGAGAAAAGAGAAACACCUCAGCCAAAUCAAGACAUCUCCUGUCCUCUCAUCCGCGCCAGCCACCUAUGCAAAGAAAACUUUGAAACAGUUGAUCUGAAAAACCAACCAUUCAAGGUCAAGCGGCAGGAAAUCUUGGAUGUGCUAAUCAAGGAAAGCACAGGCUGGUGGCUGGUAGAAAAUGACAACAACCAAAUAGCCUGGUUCCCCGCCCCAUAUUUAAAACCCCUGAGGAGCGCGUCAGAUGUGUGUGCAACACAGGAGUGUCCUGAACAAGGCACAUUUUGUGUUGUGGUAAAAGCAUAUGAGGCUCAGAACGAAGACGAACUCUCUGUCAGUAUCGGGGUACUCGUAGAAGUUCUAAAGAAAUCUGACAAUGGUUGGUGGGUGAUCAGGUAUAACAGAAGAACAGGAUACAUUCCAUCCAUUUACCUGAAACCAUACAGCAACCCAUGUGAAAAAUUCCAAAAACUUAUUAACAGGGACCUAUAUAAAUCUACUCCUAACUUGUAUGAAGGGAUACAAAACAGAGAGGUCUAUGCUGUCCCAAAUCACAGGUCCAGUAUUGAUGAACAAAGAUUGGAAAGUGGAAAUACCCCAGGAGAAAGAGAAAGAUCUCGGUCUCUAGGAGGGAUGUCACUCAAGUCGGAUACCAUAUUUGUGGAUUCAGACAUAGAUAGUUUGAUAGGGAGCAGUACCAAGUCCAUUUCUGACCUUGAAUAUCAUUCUUCAACAAGUAGUUCAAGUUGCUCCAUUCCAAAUGUUGGGUUAGGUCCUGGUCUACCCAAAAUCCCAGCAAGACCACAUCCAGAUGAAAUAAUUCAGAAAUGCAGCACCAUCACCAGGAAAGCUUUCCAAAGGUCAGUGGCUACGCUUAAUAAAGAAAAUAUGGAAAGUGGCACCAUCUCUCGUCUGUGA